UUUUCAAAUAUGAAGUUUCAAACAUAACGUAAAGCUAUAAUAAACAUAACCUCAAAAUAUGAUCGGUAUUCUAAUGGAAUGUUGUUGCAAAUUAAAUUUUGAUUAAAAUCAUAGAAAUGGCAGGUAGUAUGAGGCAAUUAGAAGAACGACAACUUUCAGCCGAAGUAACUCGGAUGCAAUGGUCUCCGAAAAUGGACCUGUUAGCAACCGCUAACGUUAAAGGAGAAGUUAUGUUGCACCGAUUAACAUGGCAAAGAGUAUGGCUGUUAAGUCCUCAGGAAGAAUCUGAUACUGUAGUGAACUUAGCAUGGAGACCAGAUGGAAAAUUCCUGGCUGUUUGUUAUGAAAUUUCCAAAGUAUUGUGUUUAGUGGAUAUUGAAAAUAAAAACAUAAUUCAUAGGACAAAACUUACGUUGCAAAAUGAUAUCACAUGUAUGAUGUGGUUACCAUUAACAAAUGUGGAUAAUGAUACUGUAUCAGGUGGAAACAAACCAAGCAUGCUACCAACAGGGGAAUAUCUUCCACCGUUACCCAGUUUGAACAGAAGUUUUGGCCAAGAACCUGAACGCAAAGAAUUCUUAUCUCAAACUUUAGAUAUUCUUUUUCUUGGAUUGGACAAUGGAAGUGUUGCAAUGUAUGUGUUUGGAAUAUUCUAUUGUGGUACACUUUCAGUUGGCCAUGAUCGAAUAUUAGAAAUUAGUGGUGGAUUUGGUAAACCAAUGUGGGUCACGUGGAAAGAUAACGGUGGCAUUAAAGCAAGUAGAUUAUGGUGUCCAUUGUUGGAACAAAGCACAGCAUUUUUUAAGGUAGCACAAGCUCAAGCUAACAUAGAAUAUUUGAUGGAUUAUCUUUCACGUACAUUGAUGGCAAUCUCAGAAGCAUGGGAAACAAUUCUUCUUGAAAUGGAUGAAAAGCUCGCACGAUACGCGGAAACAAAUCCGCCUGGUGGUGUUGCUGCAGAUUUUCUAGAAUUAUUAAUGAUCGGCAUACCGACGCAGAACUUAGAAAAUUUUUUAUUACGAGAUUUGACUGAAAAAGGAUUAAAAAAGUUGGGACACAGUAUUGAAAUGUGCUACAGUAAUAUACAGAAAUUGGUCUUGAAAAAUUUAACAAACGUAGGGAUGGCUUUAGUGUAUCAAUUAGCUGAAAUGAGGGGGAUGGUGAGAUUAGGUGGUCCAUAUGAAUCUCUAGGAUUUGCAAAUGAAAGUAUUAUAACUAAUGCCCUCCAUGCGUCGGAAGCUUUUCUAGCGAAAUCUUCGGAAAUUCAGCAAGUAAUAGAUCAUAGCAUGCGCGACUACAAAGCAUUCUUCCGGUGGCUAUAUGUUGUAAUACUAAGAUUAACAGACGAAAGAAUACCGCCUGAAGUAAGUCGCGUUAGUCAACAAGAAUUAACAUUUAUCGCGGAAUUUCUGCGCGGUUUUGACAAAACUGAGCCAGGCGUUGGAGGGAGGAAAGGAGUGAAUUUAGAGAAAUUAGGUCAAUAUUUACGACGUGAAAAUUUACAGACUUGUUUAACACCCGAAGGAAGCGAAUGGACAGCUAUGCUCAGUGAAAAUCAUUGUCUUCGGGAUCAUCCACUUAUCGUGAAACAAGAUCUUAAUUUCUCGCUGUUACAGUCCCAUGCGAGAUUGAUUGUCGCCGUUCAUAAUGUUUUUCGAGAAGCCUAUUCAGGCUUAGUUGAACAUUUCACGAUUACUACUAUAACUUUGGCACCAUCUGUGUCGUUUGCAUCAUCCCAGAUUACGACCAACGAUGAUGGUUUACUUGUAGCUGCAUGUGACAUGGAUCAUAAAAUAUUACGACUAUUUAGAAUCGAAUGUUCACAUACAGAGCCUGUUUCCCUAAAUUUUAAAUUGGGUACAAUAGAUAUAGAUCAUAGAUCAGAAUCAUAUUCUAAAGCUUGUGUAGAUGGAACUGUGAUUGAUUUACAGUUUUAUUCCCAAGAAUACCUCAGCUUAUUGUUGCUGAACAAACAUACUCACGCAUCGUAUCUGAUACAGUUACCAUUAAAAUGUCCUCGAAUUUUUGAAAAUCAUGAUAAAAAUGCAGUUACCUUGGCCGAACUCAUAGGUAAUAAUUGGCCGCGACCUUUUCAAGGUAUUUCUGCUCGGCGAAUAGCAGUGAGCGGUGCAAGAAAAGUUGCCGCUAUUUUGAGUGAAAGCAAUAGAAAAAUAAGAUUAUUGGAAACUGAAGUAGAACCUGAAGAUGAGGAAGAUGAGGAAGACGAAGAAGAUGGAGGUAAUGAUAGUAUGUUGGAUUCCUCGCAUGAAAAGCCUACAACUAGCUCUCAAUAAAUUCAUUAAUCGCUAAGAUUAUAUUUAAUAAAACCAUAAACGUAAUAAUAAGUAAUGAUUAUGUCCAUAUUAUAACAAUUAAAUAUUUAAUUCUGAAAUUU